AUGUUCCGGAAAGCUCUGGAUAUCAAGCUCGAAGUUCUGCCAAACAAUCAUUCUGAAGUGAUGGAUCUGUAUAUGUACCUUGCGACAUCGUUGAAAAAGCAAGGCAAGUUUCCAGAAGCAACCAAGAUACACAAACUCCAACUUGAACCACUAGUUGAAAUGCAUGGGGAAGACCACCCAGGUGUGGUACUUGCAUACAAUGGUAUCGCAGCACUGCUUGCACUGCAAAAUAGAUUAGACGAUGCUCUUCAGAUGCUUGACAAAGCCAUCGAAAUUUGCUAUCGAUUGCCACGGCUUGGUGACCUAGACAUUGGUAUAUUGGGAGGAACACUCCUCAGCAAAGCAAAAACGCUCGAAGACCAAGGCAACGUCGAGGCGGUCGUAGAGACGCUCAACAAAGUACUAACGAUUCAAGUGGAACCGGUUGGUGAAAUGAACCCCAGAACAGUAAAGACCUAUGAAGAGCUUGCCCUGGCAUACGUCCGACGGGGCAUGACAGAAGGUGCCAUCAAAGCAUACACAAAAGCCAUAAAGUUGGUGAAAAAAUCUUUGGCAAUGAACAUCCCUACACUGAAAAGCUUGUGCUGA